AUCCACCCUGCCACAGGUAGCAUCCUAUGCUGCACUCACUACUCAGUCACCGUGUCCGCUCAGCCCGGGAUCUCCGCCGCUCUCUGCGCUCUAUCUCCCCCGCUCCGCUCCAUUCUCUCCGCUCUGCUCCGGCCGCACAGCGGGAUCUAUGGCCACCACGGUGCUGACCAUGAGUGCCAGGCUGGGGCGCCUGGAGGAGCCGGUCUUCACCCAGCUCAAGCCUGUCCACGGCGGGCACCAUGCCUCGAGAGGGGACCCUGCUGCCGGGGGAGCUCUGUACGGGGACGAUCUCAAGAGCUCCAGGAUGCUGACCGAUGAUAUAGUGCAGGUAAAGGCUACUGGGGCAGCUAGCCGGAGAGGGAUGGCAUGAUGGGGGCAUGGGAUAGGCAUACAAACUACUCAUGGGUAGAUAGUGGGCAACGUACAGUACCCCACUGGAACUCCUAGAGUUAAUACAUUCUAAACAUUCGAAGCAGUGAUAAUUUUGUAUUGGUAAUGGGGGUGUACCAGUCAGGACUAGGAGGUGAAACAGUGAUAAUAAUAAUAAUUCCUAUCAUUAAUGGGGUGUACCAGUCAGGACUAGGAGGUGAUGGUGUACAUUUAGGGUCCUGGUGUCAGUAUAGAUAGCUGGCUACUAGCAGCUGUCUCCUCGCCCCCUCAUGCUCACUGCUGCAGAACAGAAAUAAAGCGUGCAGGGAACCGGUCAGGCUCAAACAACAGCUGGGCGACCGAAAAGGACGAGGUGGCUAACCACAAAAUGAGCUGGCCACCUCCAGGUUUACUAUUCCUGCUCGAUGUGUCACCCAGGCUGCUGCAGAAUGAUAGGCCCCAGCCCACCGUUGGUUGGCAUGCUGGCUACCCCCUGCCCCCCAUACCACUCCACACACACCUGGAUGCAGGCUGGCAUUCUUGGUUGGCACCUCCAUGCUGGCAUGCUGUCUAUCCCCCCCCAGCAUGCUCCCCUGGCUGGCAGCCCCUGAUAGAACCUGCACGUUGAUCACAUUGUAUCCAAGCUGUCACGCUGUUCUAUGCAUAAUCAUUUAUUUAUGUGUUAUUGAACUUGUUUGUGUUCGGCAGAUACUUUUGUUCUUAACAGUUAAUCACUUUAUAGCUCAGGGUUGAGUUAGUAAUGUUGGCAAUAAAAGAAAUGCAAGUCUUUUCCUGUUAAUGAGAAAGCUGCAGGCACUGGGCGCAAUAACAGGAGCUGUAAAAGUCAGGUAUUAUUAUCAUUAUGGUGCAUGUUCUCAGGGAAACAAGUUUUUGAUUAUUAUUAUUUUUUUUUUUUUGGGAGGAAAGGGACUAAACGUUCCGAGAGAUUAUUUCAUGAGAAUUAUUGCACUUGUGUGGUAUGGUUGUUUUCAUUUUAUUUCCAUUUGUCAGCUGAUUCAUUUUUGGGAAUGCUCAGGGGAUUAGAAAUGACUCGAGUUUUUACAGUAGAUAGGGGAAUGUAGCAUUUGUUCAUUGAAGAGUACAUGAUAAAUGUUUUGCUGAUGACUGUAUUGGUGCUGACAGCCUAUAGCCUCCUAUGUACCACUCCCCACCAUUCAAUUUAUUUGAUAUGAAUACAGUAAAAGAAAAGGCUAAUUUAAAAUCCCUUAUUUUUACAAAAUGGAAUGUGCUUGCUUAUUCCCAAGUUUGUAUUAUCAUUUUAGAGUGCGUGUAUAUAUUAUUUAUAAAGCACCAACAAAUUCCGCAGCGCUGUACAAUAUAUAUCUAUUUUCUUUCUGCACAAUAAAUAUUUGCUUUUAGUUUAGGGUCAGGCUUGCAAAAUUAGGGCUAAAAUUUAAAAUGUUCAACUCAGUUGUAUUUAACUUUUUUUUUAUAUACCCUGCCUAUUAAACAAUAAUAUCCUUACAUUGUUGUUGUUAUGGUAGUGUGUGUACACAAAAUAUAAAUGUUGUCCUUUUUUCUCACUAUUGGAUCUUAUUUUAAAAAACAUUCUAUUGACUAAUGAUCCUCCCCUCCCCCCUUUUCUAAUUUUAUAGUUCAAUUGUUUUGGAUUUUUUUUUUUCUUUCAAUAUGUUCCAUUGACUGUUUCUUGUGUGAGUAUGUAUCUCUAAAUUUAUCAAAAUCUUCUUGAAUAACAAACCAUUCAUUUGAUAGGUUUUUAAAUGUUCAGUUUUUUUGUUUUUUUUUAUAGAAAUACCAAGGACAAGAAUGUAUUCACUAAACCUGUAGUUGUAAAGAAUUGACAACAUAAUUGCCAAAAUAAAAACCUUUACUGUCUUUUCUGUUUUUGUUUUUUUUCCAAGCUCAACUAAUAUUUCCUUGUCAAAUUUUUUUUUUUUUUUUGGAGAAUAUCCAAUUUGAGAGUCUUGUGGCAAUAGUGUGCACUGUGUAAGCGUAUUUUGUGUCUGAACUGUAAAUAUUCUAUUUCUCAUUCAGACUAGAUGUGAAAUGGACAAGUACCUGACUCCUCAUGCUCCACCUGUUAACACUAUGCAAGAACAGAAGAAAUACAGGAGAGACAGUGCCUCCGGUAUUGACCAGUUCUUUAACGACAGUGAUGGACUACCUUACAGCAUAAAUAUGAAUGUCUUCCUUCCGGACAUCACUCACCUGAGAACAAACCUGUAUAAAGCUCCAAGGCCUCAUGUAACUCAUAUUAAGACAGAGCCUGUCACUGUAUUUAACCAGCAAAGUGAUUGUGCCGCAUCCCAGCCUCUCCCAGAAUUCACCAGCAUUUUUAGUUCUCACCAGAAUUCAGAUCUACACAAUAUCUACAUCAAGCAAGAGCUUCCAUCGCCAGAACUUCAAAUUCCAGUGAGCCCUCAGCAUGGUCAGUUAUAUCAGCUGUUGAGCUCCCCUGAUUUAGACAUGUCUAGUUCUCCAAACCAGGCAUCCGUAAUAGACAGUAUGAAUAAUGCUUCCAUGUCAACCGAUAUGUCUGGUUUCAACACAAUCCCCUCCUCUGUGCCACAGACUGUAAUGAAGCCCUUUCAUGGCAUUCACCAGUGCUCAUACAGCAUGGCCAGUCAGUUCAUGCAGCCACAAGAAGCCACCUACUUCCCUCCUUCACCACCCAGCUCUGAACCUGGCAGUCCAGAUCGACAAGCUGAGCUCCUCCAGACAGCAAAUCCUCCUCCUUCAUAUGCAGCUACAAUAGCCUCCAAGAUGGCAAUCCACAACCCUACACUAUCGGCGCCUGUAUCCAUGACAUCCUCCGCUAUUCAGCCUGUCCGCUACAAUCGCAGAAAUAAUCCAGAUUUGGAAAAAAGGCGAAUCCACUACUGUGACUAUCCUGGUAAGACAUAACUGGUAGCCAAUUUGAUCCUAUUAUUUAUCUAUCUAUCAUGAUUCCUACACAGCACACAUACGCUGGCUUUAAAUCUGUAUCAACUAAGUAGUAUAUAUAUUGUUGUGCAACAAUUAACUACACUUUUCAUUUUUGUAGAUAUUUCUUAGUUGUUUUAAAAGGUUAUUUUUACUUGGAGGCAAUCCUAGGUGCAUUUUACACCUUUCCGCCUAGCUUUGAUGCCUUGGGGGCUAGAGGUCUGUUUAAAUUGGCACAAACUCAGUACAUACUCCUGUAUUGUGCUCAUAUGGCUUAAACAAAAUGCUGGGGAAUUGACGUUGUACUGCAUGUAGUAAAGCACUAUAGAGGCCUAUGUUGGCUAAGGCACAAACCAUUCCACUCUCCCAAACACUGAAGAAUCAAGUACAGUUUAAGAUAUAAACUUCCCUUGUCGUUUAUGUGUAGGUGAUUCGUGUUCACAUGAAGCGUAUUUUGAUUUAUGCCACCUGAUGAUGGGAAAAAAAAGUUAUGCUAAAAUUCAUUUGUGUUUUUUUUGGUUUAUAUACAAGCUUGAUAAAACGCUGUAAACUAUUUUAAUUAUUGUUAUGGUAUCAACAUUCUGUUUUAAUAGCCACAUCAAAUGCAUGUGAUGUAUAUGUUAUGGUAUAUUCUACACUUUUUUUCUGGUUAAUAUGCUUGGCCAUGUGAUAUUCUGUUUAACCUUGGAAAAAGUUAUAGUCGUCAAAAUAGGAGUAGGUUAUAUAUUGUUAUGACUUGCAUAUAGUAGGAUAAGAAUGAUUGCAGUGAAGUAAGUUUGGAUGUAGAACUGCUUAUUUGUAGAUUCCCAAAGAUGUUAUGUUUUGAUACUUGUGUCAUUGACGGUUUCAUUCAGUUUUCAACAUGUACUUUAAUAAUGGAUCCAGGCAUCAUAAUAAUCUGGUCCUUAUGGACUCUUUUAGUGACAUUUCCUGCCCUAGCAAUCUUCUUUCUAGAAGAACUGAUGUAAAAAGAAAAGCCAUUCCAUGUUGGCAUAGUCUGUUGUGUUCAGAAUAUAAUUAUGGCCUGGAAAGUUGUUAUCCUUAAGGGUUAAUGUAAAACUAAGGCUUGGAAAGAAUUCAUUAGGUUCAGAGCGAUGUUCUAGAAUUGAAUGAGACCUGAGAUGAUCUUUAAGAAGCAGAAAAGUUAAAAUGGGCACAUGCUUUGCUUUCUGCUGGGAAACCCAAAUGAGUUUAGUUGUGUCCUAGAAUGGUCAAGAUACAAUGGGAGAUUAAAUAUCCUUUGCCUUACCCUUUGAGUACAAGAAAAGGAAGCGAGAGUACAAGAGUGCAUGUAAUGUGGAUGAUGGAAUGCCAUUUAUUGUACUUUAUGUUGCUUUGUGCAUAAACAGAAGCUUCCAAUGGGUCCAAUAAUUCUGGCUUAAAUCCACUUAAGAAUUAUUAUUAUUAUUAUUAUUAUUUUUUAUUUUAUUUUUAGAACGACAAAUUUAAUCUUUAAAAGGAAGUCUAAUACUGCAUAUAAAGCUUAGAAUACCAUGAUGGUUAGUUAGGUUAGUAGUAGUUUGGUAUUGUGUGCAUAUGUAUUAUUAAUUAAUUGACUAAUACUUAAGUGUUUUUUUUUUUUAAUGUAAUUAUUAACCCUUGGUGUGUGUGUGUGUGUGUAUAUUUAUUAGUUUUUAUAUAUAAAUGUCUUUAAAGUUAUAAACAGUUGAAUUUGUACUAACCAUGUCAUCUUUUAAGUAUGUGCUCCCCUUUUUCUUUCUUUUUAAUUUUUUUUAAAGGGGGGAGGGGUGAAAUAGUGUAACAAUUCAAUUCUGAACAGUGCUGUGGGGUUUAUUUUUCCCUUCUGAAAACAUGAUAAAAAUCCAAUUGUAUAUAUUUAUUUUUUUGGGGGGGAGGAGGGGGAGGUGCAAACUCUUCAUUAAAAGUAUUUAAGAAAGAAUAGAAAAUGUAUUCCCAGCAGAUUUAUCACUUGCAUAUUGCAGCAAAUAGCAAAAUAACGCUAAACUCUGGCACACUUUCUUCGUCUGGAAUCUCUCCAGGUAUUUUUAGAAUGCAAGAAUGUAGAUGAAUAUGUACUGCUAGGAAUAACUGUGAUAAAUAAGUCGGCUUAAUAAGAAUAAAUAUACAUGGGCAUCUGACAAAAUACAUCUGUUGCAACGUUGACAAAGCUUUCUGUUUUUAGGACGCUAGCCUUUUCUACACUGUGAGCGGAAGGAAUGUUUUGCUGAGUGUGUAUAAAAUAAUACUAAAAAUAUAUAUUUGUCUUUCACAUUGGCUGAAAUACAAAUAUAUAUUGAAUUCAGUACAUUCGAUCGCAAGCUUCACUGGCAACAGGUUAUAUUUACAGGGGGGGAUGGGGGAAGAAAGAAGUGACCAUUUUAGCUUGUAACAGCCCUGCUUUCUUUUCCAUUCCAGGAUGCACAAAGGUAUAUACAAAGUCAUCUCAUUUAAAAGCUCACCUGAGAACACAUACUGGUAUGUGCAUUUAUUGUUCACUUGAAUGCCUGUGUAAAUAUUAUCCAUACAAGUCUUGCCUUUUUGAAGUCUGUAUGUUUUUCAUCCUUAAAUCACUCAUUCAUGGUUAAUUUUGUCAUGUGCUUUGUUCACCAUUGCAGUUAAAUUAUAUCACCUGGCAUGUGGGGGUUUCUUUUGUUAUAAUUUUUGUAAAUGUUUAUUUUUUUAUUUUUUUUUAAUGACCACGUAAGCUGAGGACUAUUCAGUGAAAGUAUUCUUUAUUUCUGCCUCUCUUCUUCAGCCGUAACAGAUAAUCUAAAUGUCUCUACACAGCCAAACGAUGCAGUCAUCCUUUGUCAUACCAAACUAUACAUGAAAUUGCACUUUCAAUUAAUCAUUCCUGACUGUUUGUUUCCUUUUCACAUGCUAUUUUAUUUUAAAUUGCGUUUGAACUACUUCGUACAAAAGGCCUCAAGUACAUUGAUUUACACAUCAAUCAGGAAUUAUUAGAACAUCAUCUCGUUGAGCAGCGAUUGGGAGCAUGUUGAUGUCUUCUAAACAUUAUUAAUAGUGGGUUCUACUUUGUCUGUUGUCAGUAUAUUAAUGUAAGGUUGCAGGUUUAGUGGAGCACAAUAAAUUGACUAAGUGAUCCUUGCGUGUAAAAAGUGCUGCUGGGGAGACAAGAUGUGCAGUAAUGGAGAAUAAUUCAAAAUCUGGACCAGUGAAAACUAUUGUAUUGGUUUCCAUGCGGAUAGCUCCACUUUUUGAACCACACCACACCCCACUGUUAUUUUUCUCCUUUAUAACCUUAACGUAUUUGAACUGUUAUACUCUGCCUCCCCUGACUAUUUAAGCUACCCUCUUUUGAUGUAACCUGGACUAUAUAUAUUCCUGCAAGUGCGCUUGUGUAUUCCCCUUUUCCCAUUUCACUUGGCCAUUUUAUCUGUUAGUGAUUGGGUAGGAUUGCACCUUUCUAAUUGGUAGUCCAGGUAACCUUCGGCACUCCAGAUCCUGUGGACUACAUCUCCCAUGAUGCUUUACCAGCAUACCAGAGUGCCGAACAUUGCCUUCCCCUGAGGUAGCCCAUUUCCCUCUUCUCUCCAAUGAUGUAUUAUGUUGCGCUAAAAUGCACGGCUCCUUUAAGACCGAAGCCUAUGUUAACCAGUUUAACUACCAUGUUUACAGCCAUUGGACUCCUAAAUUAUUGCUGUCUCAUUAAGACAGGUGUGUUGGGAAAUGUACAUUACCCUUCAGGGGAACUUCCUUUUUCGAAUGAGCAAAGUCUACACGUGCAGGGUUUGCUGUAAAGCAUGGCCAAUAUUCCUCCAGACAGUGUGCAUUUUCAUGUCACAGAAAUAGCUACACAGCCCUGUUUUCAAAAAAGCUCUUGCAAACCAAAGGUAUGGUAUUUAUCAAGUCUAAAUAUGUCUAAGCAGCCCUCAAGGGUGUUUGUUCACUACACAGCCCAACAUAAAUUUCAAAUACCCUAGGACAACCUUUAUUAACCUUGCACUGUAUAUUUUUACCAAAAUCUAUCCAUGUUUUCUAUAGUCUGUCUCCGUAUUUAUAAGCAAACAAACUUAAACUAUUUAGAAGUUUGUUUAUUAACAACAGACUUGCAAAAGCUUGUUUAACCCCUUAAGGACACAUGUGUGACAUGUCAUGAUUCCCUUUUACUCCAGAAGUUUGGUCCUUAAGGGGUUAAACUGACAGUUUGGGAAAAACCAACUUCAGCUUAGUCAAGAUGGAAACUGUAUAAUAUUUGGCCUAUAUGUGUGUGUGUUUUUUAUAUAUAUAUUUAUUAUUUAUAUAUAUUUUUACUUACCUUCUCCCUCCCCCCUAUAAUUACCAGUAAUGCUGAUAUAAUUAAUAAAUCUAUUUCUGUCAUGUCAUAGAACUUUGUACCACCUGAAAAUUGUUGUGGAAAACUUUAUUUUAAUGCUUUUUAUGUCUGUCUGUGUGCGUGUAUAAUAACUUUAGCUACUAGAACAGUAGAAUUUGUGCAGAUCUCCCGUGUAUGACUCCAGUAAUGCUUCAGCAGUUUGUGCAUUACUUUGUGUUUUAGUCCUUUUUCUAUAAUAAUUUACCCUGUCCUGGCUCUUAUCUACUCGCCCUUAGAUAAGGAUCCUUGUGCAUUAAUGUGCUGAGAUGUAUCAGUCCCCACUUUAAGGUAAUGGCGUUCCCAUUGUUCUGUUUUGGCUCCAGGAAAUGUAACCCAUCAUCCAUUUGGAAAUCUGUCUUACUAUUGCUAUGGAAGCAAGGUCUUGUUUUAAGCAGUUAAUUCAAAUUAAUUGUUUUUGUGUAAAGAAACUCUUUGAGAGCUAAAGGUUACUAUGGAAAUCCUAGCUUUGAUAAAUGAAGCAGUUAUCUUUAACAGCCACUGUAAAAAAAUAAAAGCAGUAGAACAAAGGUCUGUUUUGCAGACUGUUACCAGUUACUAUGCUAAACAAAUCUGUUCCACCAAUAUGUGUUUUUCAUAAUCCUAGCUUAAACAUAUUGCUGUAGUGCCCCAACACCGAAACUGAGUCACUUCUUUAUCUGUUAACCUUGGCUCAGUGAUGAUCAUGGCUAAUUUAUGGGAUUAUGCCUAUUAUAAAGCAUAUUUUGCAUGUAGCCACUUGAAUGGUUUCAGUGUGCCAUUGUGUGUAACUGGCAGGUUAGAUUUCAUACUUGACUAAACGAGCCAGGUCCUAGAGCCUAGUUAGAAUUACGGAGCAUGUUACCUGUAGCAAAAAAAAUAAUAAAAUAAAAAAAAUAUAAAUAAUAUCCCUCUCCGACUACAUCUCCCAUGUUGAUGCUUUGACAUUUGUAAAGUAUAGGAUCUACAUUUUUUCCUACCCUCUCUGUAGAUAAGCCUUUUCAAUGUCUUUACCCUAUAUACCAGGCUUCCCCAAACUCUGGCCCUAUAGACGUUUCUGAACUACAACUCCCAUGAUUCUCAGCCUAUUUCAUUCAUAGAAUCAUGGGAGUUGUAGUUCAGCAACAUCUGGAGGGCCGGAGUUUGGGGACGCCUGCUCUAUGGAUUAGAGUAUUUCUAGAUUAGAGAAUUCUAGAAAUCUCUGCUAGACUAAAUCUAGGCAAAAAUGAUAUCAUUGUUAUUAAAGGCAUAUUCUAAGCAUCGUAACCGCUAUAGUUGUGCUGGUGUUUAGUGUUCCUUAAGUUAAGCAGAUGAAGGUCUGAAGCCAGACUUCCCUAGUAAAGAAUCGAAUAGCAUAGUUGGCCAUAACACCUCUCUGAGCGUGACCUUUCUUUUAGUAUUGAGCUAAGCUGUGAAAAAGUAAUGGAUAUCCUUUGCUAAAGUUGAAUUAUUUAUGCAACACAUAUUGUUCCCAACCUCUACUCUAAUUAACUUUUAACAAGUUUAAGUUUCAUUAAUCAAGCUAUACUACACCUGCAGGACUCUAAUCUGAUAUUCUCUAGGGUUCUGUGUUUAUUUUCCACUAGUGUGUAACCAAUCAAUGAUUGUAUUAAGGGGCCAUAAGUAACUGAUCUUACAGUGUAUCUAUGCAUUCUGUUUGCUUCUACAACAAUUAGAUUUUUUUUUUUAAAUCUUUUUAAUCUUUAAAAUGCCAUUAUUAAACUAAGUUUUCUUCAAAGUAAAUCCUAAAUUAAUAAGAUAGUACCAUGCAAUGCAAUUUAGCAGAGAUUUGUUUAAUAUUCUCAAAAGAAAAAAGCCUUGGGGUAUUCAGCAGUCCUGUUUAUCUGGCCAAACUUGUUCUUUAGUAAUCACAUACUAUUCAAACUGCUUUUUCCUUCUAAUCUUCACUUCUUGACAAAAGCUUUAAAUCGCCUGUGAAUGAUAACCUUGCUUUGCAAUCUGUCAUUUUACAUAAAAUAAAAAGCUUGGAGCAAAGUUUGUCUGCUGUACCGAGUCAAAACACUUUUAGAAUUUCUUUUGUAUCAAAACCCCUUCGUCUUUUUUAUAUAUUUAUUCAACCUUGUUGGUCCUUUCAAUCAGUUUGAAUACCUUCUAAUAGAUUUUUGUCUCAGAACAAACACAGACAAGGUUUAAUGUUCAUUAGUGGGAGAAUCUCUGCCCUGUUAGUGUUGGGAUUUAAAUCAAAACAGAGCUGGGCAGUUUCUUGGCAAAUUGUCUUUACAUUUUUUUUUUUUAUUUAAAAUUGUUAGCAAACUCUUCCUGUAAACUUAAUAAAAUUAUAAACUUUCAGGACAUUAAAAAAAUGUACAAGCAAUAUUUACCCUAAUGACCCAUAAUUUUCUUACUGAUCUUAAUUAAGAUCUAAGUUGUUAAGCCUUUCUUUGCACCUUUUAGCCUCACAACUAUAUAAUUUAAUUUGAAGAAGCCUGUCAAUUCAGUUGGCCUAUGGUUUAAAGAACACGUUCUGUGAAAUAUUUACUGUAGAUAUCGUACCCCUACUUUUACCCUUUGUGUCACUAUACCCAACUCCCUCUAGAAUGUAAGCUCACUGAGCAGGGCCCUCCACCCCUCUGUUCCUGUACGUCCAGUUGUCUGUUAGUCCACCUAUUGUACAGCGCUACGGAAUCUGAUGGCGCUAUAUAAAUAAUACUAGCAAUUAGUUGUAACAUCAUUUUAAUAUUAAGGCAACAAAAAAGUUCACCAGGCAAUCAGUGUCCAAAGCCACAGGCAGAUUUAAUGGAACAAAAAAGAGCAGCAACGUUUCGACCUACUACGAGGUCUUUUUCAAGUAAAAAAAAAAAAAAAAAAGCUUGAGGGUUUAACUUCCUAUGUUGCUGUAGUCUAUGGUCAUCAUUUUGUUUCUGGAGUGUUUCAUUCCUCUCCUGCAUCCACUUGCAGUGGGAGUGGUUUCAUUCUGUCAGCUCUGUUUCCAAUAAUGUAACACCAUGAGGAUAACCUGGAAGAUUGGCAAGACUGUUGCGGCAACAUCUGAAUGUUUGAACACAUGAUUUUUGUAUAUUACUGUAUUGGGAAUGUAUGGAAAAUAGUGGUCUGUGUUCCUAUCUUCACUAUACAUGAAACAACACUUAUCUAUAUUGCAGUGAAUGCGCAAUAUAAGACUUAAUGCAGUGUAGCCUGCAUUUUUUUUUUUUAUUCCCCCUCUCAUUACUUCUAAGCCUCAUUGGGGCACUACCUUUUCAAAAUACAGAACGUUAUCAAUUAGUUAAGUGAGAUAUGUGGAUAUUGACCUCUUGAGACUAUGUUGGAAAUAAAUAAAAAAAUCUAUAUUUAUAUAUUAGUGUGUGUGUGUGUGUGGUUUUUUUUUUUUUUUUUUUAGCAAUCCUAUUAUAUGUUCAAUACAUCUGAAUGGACUCUGGUACCAAGGAACUAUUAUUUAAGUAUUUACUAAACUGAAAGUGUAUUUGCUGUAGUCAGAGCUCUCUGUUCACAUUUUAAAAACAUAAAAAACUGGAACUGUUUUCAAGUAGAGUGAGGUAUGAUAUUCCUGGCUUGAAUAGAGAAGGCUGGCAUGUACAAUUUGGCUACAAGUUGGUACCAGUUUCCUCAUGGUGUUUUUACUUGAACAGUGCUGACAUUUUAACAAAUCCCGUAGAAGUUCUUCUCAAGUGGAGGAGUAGCUCCGUUUAAAUUAACAGGAAAAUAGCUGUUUUGAUUCAGUCAUCAUGUUCCAGUAACUGAGCUAAAACACGUUACUCUUUAUAGAAUAGUAUUUUGAUUUAACACUGUAGGCAUUUUACAAAAAAAAAAAAUUAGAAUUUGUUGGCAUUGAAUCAAAAGCUUCUUGAACAUGGUGUGAACCAUGCCCAAAUCAAAAAAGUAAACUAGCUGAAUGUAUGUAUAUAAUAUGUUUUAUAAAACAGGCUUAAAAUAUCUAGUCCUGUGUGAUUAUCCAUGUCUUAAAAGUUACUUGCCACUGCAAACCAUAAUGCUCUGUGGCAUAUACAAUAGAGGUAAACAAAAGCCUGUUGAGUUUUUUUUGUUUGUUGUUUAUUUUUUCUUCUCUCUAAUGUUGUCUAUCAUUCUAAGACGGUAUUCAGAACUUACACUCCUGGGUUUAUACAUUUUAAAGACUUGUCCUGAUUUUAUUUGUUUAGGAGUCCGGUAAGAACUUUUAGUCUUCUUCAUCUUUUCUAUUAAAAAAAAAAAAAAAAAAAGAAGUUGUGACGUUCGCCUGGGAAUUGUCCAGCUUGGUUUGAGAGUAAUUUUUAAAUACAUUGUAAUGUUGCUAAUCAACUGUAUUAACGGGACUAAUAAACAUUGAAGCCUCUCAGUGAAUCACAUUGAUAACACUAGGUGAUUAUCCUAUUCUCUUCUAGCAAAUUGGUUUGUGAAUUUUUAGAUGGCUGGAUAAUUUUGCUGUGAGUUCAGACCAUUUAUUUUUGCAGUGUGAAGUUUUAGACGAUUAGGCAAAGUACCUGUCAAGAAAUGUUUUCUAGUUUUGGAAAAUUUUGCAUAAUGCCACAUUUGUUACUGCUAAAAGGAAGAAAGUACAUCUUCAAUUCUAAAUAAAGCUGUAAUAGGAUAAAUAUUAAUAAGGGGAUAUUUAAAGGAUGGGUGUGUAUAUAUAGAGACCUACAAGUGUUAAAAGUGAUCUGCACUUAAUAGGCUUUACCUAAAAUAGUGAAACUUUAUCUACAAAUGCAAGAGAGCUCUGCAACUCAUUAAAAGUGCAAUCCAAUACUAGAGGCUUUUUUUUUUUUUUCUUCUUCUUUGGGGGGUGGAGGGGGUGCAAUAUGGGGUGGCUUUGAUCUAUAGGGAAACCAAUCUGUUCAUUGAUUCCAUAAUUGGUCUAAAUGUUCAUUAAGCACUUUUGGGAUGAGAUGUUAUUGUAAUUUACAUUCUUAAUUUGUAUAAUUAAGUUCUGGUAUGUAAUUAAGGCAUUGGCAAUGUUUGUUCUCAUUUAGAUCAACCAUUGUGAAAAAUUAUUAAAAUAAGCCUUGGGCAGUCUAGAACAUCAUAUUUCUACAUGAACGUAGCUGGGUUAAUGUGAAGGAUUAUUGGAUUUCAUCAAUUUAUUAUUGACAGGAGGGCACGGCUUGGGUAUGAUGUAAUGACAGCACAGUCUUAGUGUAGUCUAUUAUGUUUGUGCUUGUGUAUGUAUAUCUCUUCCUCCAUCGCAUCAGUAGACUAACUUGAAAACCAUGAUUAUUUUGUUUGUAUUCUUUAUUUUUGUAUUAUUAUUAAGACAUGAUAAAUAUCAAGCUGCACAGUACUGAAUAUGUUGACAUACUGAUUAAAAUUAUAUUGUCAACUCAAUAGUGUUCAUCAACUAUCUGUAAAUAUACCCUGUACCAUUGCCUGUUAAACAAAAUAUAUAUAAUUUAUUUUUUAUGCUGUACAACACUAACCAAUUUUGUAAAUUGUUUAAUUGCAGGAGAGAAGCCAUACAAGUGCACUUGGGAAGGUUGUGACUGGAGAUUUGCUCGCUCAGAUGAACUGACCCGUCACUACAGAAAGCACACAGGAGCUAAACCCUUUCAAUGUGCUGUGUGCAACCGCAGCUUCUCUCGCUCUGACCACUUAGCCCUGCACAUGAAAAGGCAUCAGAACUAACAUGGACUAUUGCAGAGACUUUUAUUCUAUGCAAUUCCCAAACCCCACCCCUAACUGCCUUACCUGAAAUAUACUACAGAUAGGAAUGACCAGUAGGGUAAUUGCUGCCAUAAGACUUUUUUUACAUUUUUAUUUUAUUUUAUUUUUUUAAAUACCUGUUUUGCUGACUUCAGAAAAACUGGAAAUUCAAAUACAUAUUGCUUCUUUAUAUUUAGAAGGAAACUGGAAUGAUUUUGAGUUAUACAAUGACUACACAUUCAGAUAACCUUUUCAUUAAUGGUUGUGUUUUGUGUGUGCAAAUUUAGGCCAAAUUAUAUAUUCCGCUUCAGGUAGACGUUCAAAAUACAAGAUUAUAAAUGCACGGAGAGUUCAGUAGCGCAUGCAAAAGAAUGUGUCUCUAAAAGGAGCUUUUGGACCACAUGGGAGACGACUCCACAUAACUGAAUGGCUAAACACCCGAGCACUGGGUGAUGUUAAACAUAUUCUUGCUAUCUACAGUAGUAAUGAUUUUGCAGUUCAAAUGCAGAGAAUGUGGCAUGGUGGGAACCAAAAAUCUCCAACAAUUGGAGAUUUAUUUUUUUUAAAUUCUUUUUUAAAUUCUUUUUUUGGCCCAAACUUUGCAAUUUGGUUGUCAACACAGUGUUUUUAAUGGAUGUCCCAGUUGGUAGUUUUUAUCUUCAUACAAGGUAUUUACAUCUCAACACACACAAAGCUAUUAAAGUUUUGUAGUAUUGUUUUGACCAAAGCACUGUCUUUAGUAUCAGUGUUUAGUAAAUGAAAUGAGGUCACAGAUGACUGCACGCAAAGGACAAGCCAUACUUUCUUAACCCUAAAGUGACAAGCUAACCUCAAUACUUGAUCCUACAUGUACAUUUUUUUAAACUAUUUAUUUAUCGAACAUUACAGCCACUGAACAAUAUCACAAAUAUUAUUACACAUGCUCAACAUAAAUAAUGUUUUAAUAUAUUUAUAUUCUCAAUUGAUUUCAUUAAAAAAAAUUCUAGUGCAAUUCAAAUGAUUCCAAAGAACCUUUUUUUAAUUUUUUUAUUUUUUUUAUUCGUUAAAAAUAAGCUAAGAUAUAAUUGUUGAGAGAAACCAUUCUGUCAUUAUUUUUUUCCUUCCAUCCUAGCAGUCAUGAAAUGUUUAUCCAUUGUUUGAGAUAUGUUAGGUUAAAGUUGGGAUAAAUCCUUGUUAUGUAAGGAUUAUGUACUUUUAUAAAUGAAUACAGUGAACUAUAUUGGCCGGUCUAGUAUAUCAUCGUUUAAAGGACCACUAUUGUGCCAGGAAAACAUACUCGUUUUCCUGGCUCUAUAGGGUCCUUGGGUCCCCCUCACCCUCAUGGCCCCCGUCCUGCCGGGCUCUAGGGUGAGGAAGGGGUUAAUCCUUUACCUUUUUUUCAGCGCCAGGCUCCCUUAACCCUAUUGUAAACAUAGCGGUUUCUCUGAAACUGCUGUUUACAGCAGAAAGCGUUAAUCAUAGAUGGACCUGGCACCCAGACCACUUCAGUAAGCUGAAGUGGUCUGGGUGCCUAUAGUGGUCCUUUAAGCGCAUCAUAGGAAAUAUUAGUGUCCAAUGGAACAGUUGUCCUGUUGGACAUAUGACGAGUGCAGCUGAUCAGUCUGUAAAAUGCAUGUUAAUAGACUAAUAGAGUUAAUCACAUGGUGAGUUUAGUAUGUCUGCUAUCACCGAUUAACUUGCUCAAUCUGCUGGAUAUCACUAGCCAAUUUUUGCAGAAUUGCUCAAACACCUAAAAUAUUAUUUUUUACCUAUAUUGUUUAAUACAAAUCAUCCCUUUUAAACAAAUGUCAAAAUAUGUUGGUGCUUCAUAAAUAUUAUGAAUCACUUAAGCUCUAGUUGGCACCUUACAAACAAGUAAAUAUUUUGGCCAUUUCACAUUAUGAGCUAUGGAAAAAUAAAAUCUAAAUCUUAGUUCAUUUCUUUUACUAAAAGGAUUACAAUAUCUGGCACUGAAAACUGUAGAUGUACCCUCCUACAGCCUGGAUUUGCUAUUUGGUUCUCUAAAGCAUCAAGGCUGUGCUAUGUGUUUAAUAGACUAGUAAACAUUUGUGGGGUUUAUUUGUGUUUUUGCAAUAUACUGCACUGAUAGUGUGCUAGAUUUUGUUUUUUUAUUGUAAUAUUUUGUGUGCAGCAGAAUAACCAAUAAUUAUAUAAAACUAUUUCAAAUUUUUUUUUUUAUUCCAGUUUUAUAUUAAUGGACACAGUAAUUUUUAUAAGUUACUAUGCAGUUACUACACACAUAUUGUAAUUAUCUUGCAUACAAAACAUAGAAGUAAGAAAACAUUUUGAUGAAGGUUUGAUGCACCAGGAAACUUGACAUACCCUUGAGUUUUUACAAAGUUAAAAAAAAUAUCUCUCAAAUAUAAAGAGGGUCUUAGAGCUUUUUAUUAUACUGUUUUUUCUUGUCUAUUUAUUUCAUGGUACAAGGUACUUUUUUUUUUUUUUUUUUAAAGCUACAUUUUGAUAAAUUAACAUUGUUCUUACACGAGUUUACUUUUAAAGCCUGUAAAUACAUUUAAAAUGUAAAUAAUUUUGUAAAAGCUUUUAACUGUGUUUAUAUAAAGAGAUGUGCACUUUUUGUUUUUGGUUGCUUUUUUUUUUUUUUUCUUGUAUUUUUGUAUUGUACCAUUUCUGAGUGGGUGCUAACCACUCUGUUUUAAAUAAGAAAUGAAUUAUGUUUAUAUGAAAGGACAUUGAGAAAAAUAAACCUAAGUGCCUAAAAUAAGUUUCCUGUUAUGUUUUUAUUUCUGGAUCUGUAAAAGCUCUUUGUGUAUUUUUAAUUUGCUUCCUCCAUUACAAUUCAUGUAUUUUGGAUUGAUAAUUUGCUUCCCUGCAACUUGACAUAUUUAAAGGGACAUUACCAUGAUGUUUCUUUCUACUAUUGACGUUAAAGGGACAUUAAGUCCAUGUACCUGUAAAU